GGCAAUAAGGCUAGGUUCAAAGUCCCAGGGCAGAGACUUGUCUGAAGGUCACUGCCAGUGAUUUCUCAGUGGGGACAAGUAGGCUCACCGACCCCUGAACCUUCCUGGGAUGGUGUGUUUUUGUGUAGUAACUGGCUAUGACUUAGUGGGAGACUGAGCGUGAAGCUGCUUCGGAAAUGUGUCAAGGGAGAGUGAAAACAUAACCAAGCUAUAAAGAAGGAGGAAAGAGGUCGAUAGAGAUGAAGACCUGAUGGCUGCUGCUGAGAGCCACAGACACAGGAGGAAGAUGCUGGAGCCUUGAGAAAAUGUAAGUUAAAGGAAUCUACACUCUGGUCACAACUCGAAAGACAUUUGCUCCUUUCCUGGUUUCAUAACGAUGGUCUCUGGCAAAUACUGUCUUUUUAGCCUGUCUCUUAUUGCUACCCUGAUGUUGGUAUUUAUUUAUAACAGCAAGCUAUGGGAGAGCAAUCAUUUCCUGAAGGUAGCCCUUAAUGCUUCGACCUUAGCUGAAGUCUGUCUUCAGACGCUUAAUGGGGAAGAUUUUGACGUAACAGAAAGUAUACUGAAAACCACCCUGGAUAAUGCUGCCUGUUACACGUACAGGAUUCAAAGUCAUUAUAUAACAGAAACCCUCUCUGAAGAGGAAGCCAGCUUCCCUUUGGCAUUCACAAUGACUAUCCACAAAGAUUUUGACACCUUUGAGAGGCUCUUCAGGGCGAUUUACAUGCCUCAGAAUGUCUACUGUGUGCAUGUGGAUGAAAAGGCACCAAACACCUUCAAAGAUGCCGUGCAACAGUUACUGAGCUGCUUCUCCAAUGCCUUUCUGGCUUCUAAGAUGGAGUCAGUGGUCUACGGUGGCUUCUCCCGGCUCCAGGCUGACCUGAACUGCAUGAAAGAUCUGGUGGCCUCCAAGGUCCCCUGGAAGUACGCCAUCAAUACCUGUGGGCAAGACUUCCCCCUGAAAACCAACAAGGAGAUAGUUCAGCAUCUGAAAGGGUUUAUAGGGAAGAAUCUCACCCCAGGGGUGCUACCUCCAGCUCAUGCGAUUGGACGGACCAAGUAUGUCCACCAGGAGUUGUUAAACCACAAAAAUUCCUAUGUGCAUCAAACUGCAAAACUAAAGGCCCCCCCUCCUCAUGAUAUGACUAUUUACUUUGGUACUGCAUAUGUAGCUCUCACUCGAGAGUUUGCCAACUUUGUCCUUAAAGACCAGCGUGCUCUGGACUUGCUCUCCUGGUCCAAGGACACCUACAGUCCCGAUGAGCAUUUCUGGGUGACACUCAAUAGGAUUCCCGAAGAUGGCAUGGACUCAGGUCUGCCACCAGACUCUAAGGGGCGGUUCUCAAGAGAGCAGCCAAGAUUUAAAGGCCAAGCCCUCACUCUUUUCAGAAAGGGCCAAGAUAAACAAAAAGGUUAUUCAAUCUGAACAAGACUUGGAGUCUUCAUGAAAAGGCUUGUGAUGAAAGAAAGACGGGACCAACUCUGCAGUUUUGGAAGAGUCUAGAUUCAGCGGGUGGGAGAUGUCAGGACCCAAGGAGCAAAGCCAGAGAAGUAAAGACCCAGAGAGCUGGAAGGGAAACCCAUUCAUUGAACAUGUGUUAUGGCCCCUUAUCUCUUCCCACCCUGACCCGAGAAUCCAUGAUCAUUAUCAGUUUAUUGAACAGAAACUAGAGGAUGACACUUUGACUCUCUACAGGAUUAAUAGAUUGGACCUGGACUCCUAUUUUUACUGGCUGGUGAACAGUGACAUCAGCAAAGCAAUAAAAAACAAAGCACUGAUUCAUGUGUUUCAAAACCUUGCAAGAGGUGACAUCUGAAACGAUUUCUGCCUUGUGUGGGCAGAGGACCCUUUCUCACUGGAGCACAUCCCCUGGUCCUGCCAACUGUUUCUCGAUCUCGGGAAGGCCCACAUACAGGGCUGGUCAUGACGGGGGAAAGGAAACUAGAGUCUUAGGUGGCCAGCUCUCAGCUGUCAGUCCGCCUAUGUAGGAAACAAGGUCAUUUCUGUGGAGAGGGCUCUUUUAGUAUGUAUGGGGGUUUGGGCAGAAGGAUUAUUAAGCUCGUUCUGGUUGAUUACAGUCUGUUCAUAGGAGCCACAUGAAAAGAAAUAAAAGGAAACUGGUGAAAUUAA